AUGUUCUUACAAACUGUUGGUAUUGGACAAGAAGGAGAAUUAGUUGUUGGAGGUGUUGGUGUUUUUGCUGGAUAUCGUGGUCGUGAUGAUUUAACAGCUCAAGUAAUGAUUAAUAUUAAUGAACAAAUAUUUUAUAAAACAGGUGAUCUUGUUCAAAUGGAUAGCAAUGGACUGAUUCAUUAUGUUGGUCGGAGAGAUUUUCAAGUGAAAUUACGUGGACAACGUAUUGAAUUACAAGAAAUUGUACAAUGCUUACUUAUGUUAAUAUCCAUUACUACAUGUGUCGUUAUCAAAUGGGAUGAUAAUCAUUUUAUUGCUUAUGUUCAAAGUGAUAACCUUAAUGUUGAACAAUUACGUCAUCAUUGUCAAUCUAAUCUACCAUCACAUAUGAUUCCAUCCAUAGUUAUUAUACUUGAAAAAUUACCUUUGAGUCCAAAUAGAAAAGUUGAUCGAAAACGUCUUCCACUACCAGAUUUAUCAUUAUCAACUCUCUCAUCAUCAGCAGCAACAGCAUUAGAAAAUAGAUCUAAUCUUCCACAAAAUCAAUUACAAAAACAGAUUCAUGAUAUUUGUUGUGAAAUUCUUGGAUGUAUUGGACAACAAAUUUCAAUAACUGCAAAUUUCUUUAGUAUUAGUGGUCAUUCACUUUUAUUUAUUGAACUUUAUUAUCGAUAUCAACAAUUAUAUGAUUUUGAUAAUCGUGUACUUUCUAUUGCCUUAUUUCUUCAACAACCAACUAUUCUUCAACAUUCACAAUUACUUCAAUCUAUUACAAUCAAUCAAAUGAAAUCAGUACAUUGGCAUACACUACAUAUCAAUCAAGGUAUUGCGUCUUUUGCUCAAGAACGUAUUUUUCUCGACGAACAAAUGCGUUUUUCUAAUAAAACCACUACCUACAAUGAAUUGACUGCUUUAGAAAUUAUUCAAGGUUCAAUAUCAAUAGAUCGUCUAUUAGAAGCUAUUGAAUAUAUUUUAAAUAAACAUAAAAUAUUACGCACAUUUCUUACUCUCAACUAUGAUAAUGGUAUUCUUGAACAACAUAUUGGUGAUAAACAUCAUAUAUUUCAAAUUGUUCCCAAUCAAACAUUUAAAAAUGAAAAUGAUCUUCAAGAUAUUCUCGAUCAAACAAUUAUCAGUCCUAAUUUAUUUGAUAUAUCAACUGGUCGUGUUUUUCAUUGUGAAGUACUUCGACAAGAACUCAUAUCUGAUAAUAAUAAUACUAGAUUCAUUACAGAUUCUGAUAUUCUUCUUAUCGCAUUUCAUCAUGCUGCAACAGAUCGGUCAGCUUAUCAACUUUUUCUAAAUGAUCUUUGUUUUGCUUAUAAUAUAAAUGUGAAAUGGACAGGUGAUGAAGAUUUAUUACAAUAUAUUGAUUAUUCUGUUCAUGAACGUUUAAUUGAUAUGAAACCAUCACGUGAAUUUUGGCUUCUAGAAUUGAAAGACUAUGAUUUUGAGCAUCGAUUAUCAUUAUCUACUGAUCAACAUUGUUUAUCUAAUGAUCAACGAUCUGGUUUUGCUUCAAUUGCUCAGAUUUCUUUUGAUAAAAAUAUUUCUAAAUCAUUUGUUAAUUAUGCUUCGACACAUCAAACUACUCCAUUUCAAUUAGGUAUGGCAUUAUUUUAUGUUUUCCUAUUCAAAUUAACUCAAGAUCAAAAUGAUUUAUGUAUUUCUUGUCAUAAUGCAAAUCGACAUAAAACUGAAUUACAAAAUAUGAUGGGAAUGUUUAUUUCAACAUUACCAUAUCGUAUGAGACUUGAUUCUAGUUGGUCAUUUAAUGGACUUGUUAAACAAGUACAAGAUAAAUGUAUAUCAAUUCUUGAACAUUCUCAUUAUCCAUUAUAA